GUAUGAUCCCUAUACCCCUGAAAAGCGAUUCACUAUCAAUGCUGUCCAAGAUGAUCUUGGUGCUGCUCAACACUUAGUUCUCCCAACACCUGUCAAAGUAGAGGUAGAUGACACAUCGACUGUUUCUAUAUCAACUGGAGACUGGGUCAUAGUGAUAAAGGAUAAUUUGCAACAAGAAGCUAAAUAUCUAUCAGGAAAACUGACAAUGGGAACAACUACAGGUACUCCAAGCUCUAAGUAUGUUUUGCUCCAAGUUAACAAUAACUUGCUUGUGGAUGAUCAGACUACCAGUAACAGCGAG